AUGCUACUGCACUUAAAUGCGGACAACCACCACGUGCUUGACAACUGCGAGGAAGCGUGGGUCGCGUGGUCACGCCUGAAGACGCUUUGCGGUGGAUCACAGAAGGCAGGGCGAAUCUACCUCAAGCGCCAGCUGUUCAGCAUGAAGAUGGCUGAGGGCGCGAACGUCAUGCAUUACUGCAAUGAGGUCUUGAACAUCGCCGCCAAGCUUAGCAGCAUCGUUGCGAAGAUGGAGGACGAGGACGUCGCAAUAUGUCUGCUGCUCAGUCUCCCUAAGAGUUUCGAGAACGUUGUUUUAAACUUGGAGGUGAGCAGCGCAGAGCUUCGUACCCAAGAUGUGGUGAAGGCACUCACGAAUGAGCAUGCCAAGCGCCAAGGGGGGAAGGUGACAACUACAGCGACGAUGGUCAAGAGUGAAGAUGCAGCCAAGGCCUUCAACACUGAAUGCGAGCCAUACAACUGCACCUACUGUGGAGAGGUGGGACACACCGUGGAUCGCUGUUGGACCAAGCAGAAGAUUGAACGUCGAGGAGCCCGACGCGGCGGCAAUGGUCGUGGACGCGGGGCAAACAAUGUCCAGUGGGGACAAUAUCGUGAUGAAGACAGCGACUACAAUCAAGUAGCGUUUGCAGUUUCGUUGGAGCGUGGACUCUCAGCGAAGAAGGACACCAAGUUUGCGAGACUGAACAAGCGCAACGACGGUGAAAUCUUGGUGGCGGAUGGCAACAAAGUGGCCAUCAAGGGUGUUGGAACCAUCUUUGUUAAGGUGGUUCUGCCCGACGGUGAAGAGCGCGAGAUCGAGAUCAAGAACGUGCUUUACGUACCAAGCAUGAGCAAGAAUAUGCUUUCGGUACCGCAGAUCAACAAGCACGGCAAGUUUCAAGUCGUGUUCGACGGGACCAAGAUUUUUGUUGCUCGCAAGGAAUUGCACCAAGUGGUGGCAACAGCAUAA